AACAGACUCGACUUACAGAAGAUUAAUUUAAUUUAUUGCCAAUAUAUAACAGAGUAGACAGUGAGAUAUUAAAACAAACUUAAGAACACAUCCCCCUCCUCUUUGGGCAGCAUCAGGUACAUCUCUGAGCUGGCUGAAACUCUCUCUGUCCAAUAUAGGGGAAUGCCAAUCUCUUCCUACAGCCUCCCACUACCAAAAUGUUUCCACAUCAGCUCUAAAUAAUCUUACUUUUCUCUUGCAACCAGAGCUCAAAUGGUGUCACUGUGCAUGUUCUCUUUUGGCUAUCAUAAGAGAACAUUAUCUCCAAUGAUAGCCAAAAGAAAAAGAAAAAAAAAUUUGUGCAGGAGAUGCCUGCCAAAGAAAAAGUAAAUAUUGCUGUCACUUUCUUCAUGUGGUUUUGCAAAUGCUCAGCAUUAGACAGUCUUCCCCUCCAUGAAUCUUUUCAGAUCAGCACUGAUGAGCAUUUUCUCCUCUCUCCCAGGUGAAGGGUCCAGGGGUUGGCCUGCUCGGUUUCUCCAAAGGGGCUGAAGUGUCCCUUGCCAUGGCUGCCCUCCUGAAGAACAUCAUGGCUGUUGCUUUCCCAGUGGGAAGAAUUCCCUUGGUGGGAAGCAAUAGGAACAUUCCCUCUGUGACUGUUACAUUGAUUCCUCUCUGUUACCAAGGAUAAAAACUCACACUUUGACCAUAUAUGAACAUAAAGCCAAGGUCAUCAGUUCCCAGUGUUUUGAUUAUUCUGAUGUCGUUGAUGAUCCCUUUCAAGCCCCUGGCAAAAAAAGCCUGAUCCCACUAGAGAAAGCUGAGGCACAGUUCCUGUUCAUUGUGGGACAAGAUGACCGUGUUGUCAAAAGUGAGUAUUAUGCUACUGAAGUCUGCAAGCUUCUGCAGGCUCAAGGGAAGGCAAAUUUUCAGAUUCUCUCCUGCCCUGGAACAGGGCACUGCAUAGACCCUCCCUUUUUCCCUUUGUACCCCACAGGAACCCACCCUGUUUUUCACAAGCGGGCAGUCAUGGGUGGGGAGCUCAGGCCUUAUUCUAAAGCUCAGGUUCAUGCUUGGUCACAGAUCCAGGCUUUUUUCAGAAAGCAUUUAACUGUUAACUAAUGUGCAACAAAUAAUGUGCAAGCAACACUCCAUUUUCAACACCCAGAUCUGAUAAAUUCUGCUACAAUUAUCAGGUCAAACCUUGUCACAGCUGUACCACUACAACUACAAUACCUCCCAUGACUUUGCACAUCCUUAACACAGAAAAGAAAUGAGUUUGCCUCUUCUGUUGCCCCCUCAACCUUUUUGCUCAAGUGUCAAGAAAAGGAAUGGUGGGUUGUGCAUUAGUCUUAGAUAAAACAGGUCAUGUGCAAAAUGCACAGUCAUGUUUCUUGGGUGGUUUCUUUUCCUCUAAUACUUGACAGUGUUUUCCGUGUCACUGUGGUCUCUACAUGCAUAUGCUAUCCCCAGGUCAUAGUAAUUGUCUCUAAUGACAAUUUUGCAGCAGGGAUUUCACUGCUCUCAUGGUGAAUGUGUCAUUGGAAAUGGAAAUGUCUCUGACCUCUGUGCUGCUGCAAGUGUGUAAGAAUGGCUGCUAUAGCCAGGAUGUUGGGCUGUCUCCGUUUAAGCCUUGAGAACAGUUGUUUGCUUUCUUGGUUGCUGGGGUGAGAAUUGUAAUGAAGUGUCUGAACUUUGCAAGUCAGGUAGUCAUUUGUUGUGCUUUGGUUAGAAGCAGGUUUUGCAUCUUGACCGCUCUCCCAUCCCAGGGUGGAUCAAGGGCCCUGUGGAAAGAUGGAAAGGCCCUGAAGGCCUCCUGCCCCUCCUCAGCAGCUAGAAGUCACACUCACUCCAAAAUACCUGUAUACAAUGAACUGCCACCAGCACCCCCAAUUGCUUUGUGAGGACAAAACCAGAGGCCAGGGAGCACCGUUUUUGUCAGACCUGGAGGGCUGCCAUCUCCAAAGACCAUUUCCCCCACGCCAGCUGAACCAGCAGUCCUGGGUUUCUCCAUUUUCCAGGUGCAGAACCAGGCCAGCCUGGUACACAUGGGGCAAACCUGAGAGCCAGCAGCUGCCUCUCAGCCCUGUCACAUUUUCAGUACCUGGGCGUCCGCAUUGUAGCCCUUCCCUGCCCAGCAUGUUUCAUAAUAGAUGUUAUCAGCAGCACUGUCUGACACCUCUGGGCCUGCCCUAACAUGGGUUAUGCUCUUUUUUUGAGCGUGGGCUAGAAGAGAAUGUGACAGAGCAGGAGAGGGAAGAACAUAAGUCUUGGAGUAGCUCAUGGCCAUGCCAGGUGCUGUUAUCACACAAAAGGUGCCAGACUGCAUGUCCCAAGAAAUGCCAGGAGAACAGGGCUGGGCUAGUGGGGCUGUCUCUGCCUGAGAUGUUCUCAGGCCUGCAUCUUGGCUGAGUUUGAGGGAAAAAAGACAGAGCCUGCUGGAGAAGCCCAGGAAGGAGGGUUGCAGCCUGUGCCUGUGUCCAGCAGGCCUGCUGUAGAGAAUUUCUACCACAGCAGAUAAGCACACGAUGCAUCAACAAGUGUCUGGAGAGAGCAACUGCCUUUUGGAGAUCAUAGUAUCAUAGAACAGUUCAGGUUGAAAGGCACUUAAACGUCAUAUAGUCCAACUGCCCUGCAAUAAGCAGGGACAUCUUCAACUAGAUCAGAUUGCUCAGAGCCCUGUCCAGCCUUGUCUUGGACGUUUCCAGGCAUGGGACAUCCACCUGGGCUCUGGGCAACCUGGGACAGUGUUUUACCACCCUUGUUGUAAAAAACUUCUACCUUAUGUCUAAUCUGUAUCAACUGUCUUUUCGUUUAAAGCCGUUGCCCUACUAAUAAAUUUGUUCCCAUCUUACAGGCUUCCUUGAGGUACUGAAAGGUGGCAAUAGGGGGUCUCUGGAGCACCAGGGGAUCAGCUAUGAUGAUCCCGCCCUGCCGUGGGUGCUGGCAGGGGUGCAGCAGUGGCUCCAGGCAAAUCUGGCGUCUCCCAGCACCUGUGUUGCCCACACGAUUCCUGCCUCAAUUCCCCUCCCCUGGCCUGUGUGUGGGAAACGGCAUUUAUAGAAGCCUCAGCUUGUAUGCAGACAUAGUGUACUCAACACCUCUGGAGCCAUGUGGCAGGUGAGUGCCCGCUCCGUGUGCCGGGCCGGCUCCCGAGCCUGGCAGAGGCGGCUGCCCUGGCCCGGCCCCGCGCCUGCAGCCCCGCGGAGCCGCGGCCCCGCGCGGAGCCCCGGCACAGCCCCCGCCCGGGGACUCUCCUCCAUGGCCCCCUCCGUCCGCCUGGCGCCCGCCGCCCGCAGCCUCUUCGACGAGCCGCUGGCCAUCGCCGUGCAGGGCCUGGGCCCGCGGCAGCAGGUCACGCUGCGGACGUCCUUGCGGGACGAGACCGGAGAGCUCUUCCAGGCCAGCGCCCGCUACCAGGCGGGCGACGACGGGCAGCUGGACCUGGCCCGCUGUCCUGCGCUGCCGGGAGGCAGCUUCUCCGGCCUGGAGCCCAUGGGGCUGCUCUGGGCUUUGCAGCCCCAGAAGCCUUUCUGGCGGCUGGUAAAGCGGGACGUGCAGAGCCCCUUCCUGCUGCAGCUGGAGGUGUUCGAGGGCCACGGGGAGCGCCCCGGGCGGCUCCUGGCCCAGGCGCAGCACGAGCGGGCGUUCCUGCGGGACGGGGUGCGGAGAGUCCCGGUGCGAGAGGGAAGGAUCCGGGCGACGCUUUUCCUGCCCCCCGGAGAAGACACCUUUCCAGGGAUCAUCGAUAUACAUGGGUAUGGAGGAGGUCUUUUAGAGUCCAGAGCAAGCCUGCUGGCCAAUCAUGGCUUUGCCACCCUGGCCCUGGCUUAUUAUCAGUUUGAGGAUCUGCCCCAGAAACCAAAGGAACUCCACCUGGAAUAUUUUGAAGAGGCAGUGAACUAUAUGCUGCAGCACCCACAGGUGAAGGGUCCAGGGGUUGGCCUGCUCGGUUUCUCCAAAGGGGCUGAAGUGUCCCUUGCCAUGGCUGCCCUCCUGAAGAACAUCAUGGCUGUUGCUUCCAUCAAUGCCCCUGUUGUUACUACAUAUAUUCCUUUCUCUUACAAGGAUAAAAUCAUCCCUGCUGUGACCUUAUAUGAACAUAAAGCCAAGGUCAUCAGUUCCCAGUGUUUUGAUUAUUCUGAUGUCGUUGAUGAUCCCUUUCAAGCCCCUGGCAAAAAAAGCCUGAUCCCACUAGAGAAAGCUGAGGCACAGUUCCUGUUCAUUGUGGGACAAGAUGACCGUGUUGUCAAAAGUGAGUAUUAUGCUACUGAAGUCUGCAAGCUUCUGCAGGCUCAAGGGAAGGCAAAUUUUCAGAUUCUCUCCUGCCCUGGAACAGGGCACUGCAUAGACCCUCCCUUUUUCCCUUUGUACCCCACAGGAACCCACCCUGUUUUUCACAAGCGGGCAGUCAUGGGUGGGGAGCUCAGGCCUUAUUCUAAAGCUCAGGUUCAUGCUUGGUCACAGAUCCAGGCUUUUUUCAGAAAGCAUUUAACUGUUAACUAAUGUGCAACAAAUAAUGUGCAAGCAACACUCCAUUUUCAACACCCAGAUCUGAUAAAUUCUGCUACAAUUAUCAGGUCAAACCUUGUCACAGCUGUACCACUACAACUACAAUACCUCCCAUGACUUUGC